CAUUGUUACCAAUUCUUCCAACACCAAUCUGGUUCACAUAAUAUCUAUUCAUUAUGUAAUAAAAUACAUGUUGGCAUAAUUACCUUUAUUUUUUAGAAUAGGAAAAUCUGCUGAUUGAUUCUUCCUUGUAAUAGCACUAGCACUCAUCAAUCAUCAUUCCUUAGUUGUAUUCUUAAUGAAGCAAACAGUGAUAGGAAUGCUACUGCAUUUCCUUUUGGUCUUGUUUGGUGUCCUUGCUAUUUUGGUUCUCAUACAAGCUCAGGAUCAAUCAGGAUUCAUUAGCAUAGAUUGUGGUCUAUCUGAACUUUCAAGCUAUUCUGAAACGGACACAGGCAUAAAUUACAUUUCAGAUGCCAAAUUCAUAGAUUCAGGUGUAAGUAAGAGGAUACCUCCUACAGAGAUUAUUGUUAAACAACAACUAGAACAUGUGAGGAGUUUUCCUAGUGGAGUGAGAAAUUGUUACAGAAUAAAUGUAACAAGUGAUACUAAAUAUUUAAUCAGAGCGUCUUUCUAUUAUGGAAACUAUGAUGAUUUAAACGAGCCACCACAAUUUGAUCUUCAUUUUGGCGCUAAUGUUUGGGAUACAGUAAAGUUCACAAAUUUAUCACUCAUCGCAACCAGUGAGAUCAUUUACACUCCAUCACAAGAUUACAUACAACCAUGUCUUGUUAACACAGGCAACGGGACUCCAUUCAUUUCAUCUAUAGAAUUGAGGACUUUGAACAAUACUGCUUAUGUCACAAACUCAACUAAAACAGUAUUAUCAAACUUCCUUCGAUUUGAUAUAGGUUCCAUCACAAACAUUGAAUACAGGUACAAAGAUGAUGUUUUUGAUCGCGUCUGGUUUCCUUAUGAAGUUGAUUGGGCACGAUUAAACACCUCACUUAAUAAUAAUGAUCUAGUUCAGAAUGAUUAUGAACCACCGAGAAUAGUUAUGAGCACUGCGGCUACACCAGUAAAUGCCAGUGCACCAAUGCAAUUUCAUUGGAGUGUAGAUAAUGAAAAUGACCAAUACUAUGCAUAUUUUCACUUUAAUGAGGUUGAGAAGCUGGCAGAAAAUGAAACUAGAUCAUUCAAUAUCACAGUGAAUGGAGACUUUUUGUUCGGACCUGAGAUACCUGUACAUCAGGCAGUUCAUACCAUAGUUAGUACAAAACCUUUGACUGGAGCCGCAAGGUAUCUAUUUUCCCUUUUAAAGACGGAAAAUUCAACCCUUCCACCAAUCCUCAAUGCCUAUGAGGUUUAUAAAGUAAUGGACUUCCCACAAUCAGAAACUGAACAAGAUGAUGUUGAUACUAUUACAAACAUUAAGAAGGCCUAUGGAGUGGCUAGAAAUUGGCAAGGAGAUCCAUGUGGUCCUGUGAAUUAUAUGUGGGAAGGCCUAAAUUGUAGUAUUGAUGAUGCCAAUAACCCCCCAAGAAUCACAUCUUUGAAUUUGUCUUCAAGUGGAUUGACAGGGGAGAUAGCAUCUUUCAUAUCAAAGCUCGCUAUGUUAGAGUACUUGGAUUUAUCAAACAAUAGCUUAAACGGUCCUAUACCUGAUUUUCUGAUUCAACUGCGGUCACUAAAAGUCUUAAACGUGGGGAAAAACAAUCUUACUGGGUUAGUUCCAAGUGGACUCCUUGAGAGAUCAAAAACAGGUUCACUAUCACUGAGUGUGGAUGAUGAUAACCUUGGUCUUUGUACGAUGAAUUGCAAAAAGAAGAACAUUGCUGUACCACUUGUUGCAUCAUUUUCAGCAUUAGUUGUAAUCGUCUUGAUUUCUCUUGGACUUUGGAUAUUGAGAAGACAGAAAGUUGUAGUUACGUCUUCAAACUCUAAGGAAAGGGGUUCAAUGAAAUCCAAACAUCAGAGAUUCAGUUAUACUGAAAUUCUCAACAUUACUGAUAACUUCAAAACUACUAUUGGAGAAGGAGGAUUUGGAAAAGUUUACUUUGGCAUUCUACAAGAUCAAACUCAAGUUGCUGUUAAGAGGCUUUCACCAUCAUCAAUGCAAGGUUAUAAGGAAUUUCAAUCAGAGGCACAACUUCUAAUGAUUGUUCAUCAUAGAAAUUUGGUAUCUCUCAUUGGAUAUUGUGAUGAAGGUGAAAUCAAAGCAUUGAUUUAUGAAUAUAUGGCCAAUGGAAAUCUCCAACAACACUUAUUUGUGGAAAACUCAACUAUCUUAAAUUGGAAUGAGAGGCUUAAGAUUGCAGUUGAUGCAGCACAUGGUAAUGUAUUGUUUAUGGAAACAUAUUUCUUGCAUUUUGCAGCCUUAUAUUGCCCUUUGUGUGAAUUUUCAGGAUUGGAUUAUCUGCAUAAUGGAUGUAAACCACCUAUUAUGCAUAGAGAUUUGAAGCCUUCUAACAUACUACUAGAUGAGAACUUGCAUGCAAAGAUUGCUGAUUUUGGUCUAAGUAGAGCUUUUGGUAACGACGAUGACUCUCAUGUAUCCACACGCCCUGCUGGUACAAUUGGUUACGCUGAUCCAGAAUAUCAGAGAACAGGAAACACAAAUAAGAAAAAUGAUAUCUACAGCUUUGGGAUAAUUCUAUUUGAGUUGAUCACUGGAAAGAAAGCAAUGGUGAGAGCAUCUGGAGAAAACAUUCACAUACUUCAAUGGGUUAUUUCCUUAGUUAAAGGAGGAGAUAUUCGAAACAUUGUUGAUACGAGAUUGCAGGGUGAAUUCAGCAUCAGUUCUGCAUGGAAAGUUGUUGAGAUAGCUAUGUCAUGCGUUUCACAAACUACAGCUGAAAGGCCAGGCAUUAGCCAAAUAUCCACAGAGCUAAAGGAGUGUCUAUCUUUGGACAUGGUUCAGAGAAAUAAUGGAAGCACGAGUGCUAGAGAUGAAUUGGUUUCUGUAGCUACUGUAUCAGUAUCCACUUUUUUAGCUAGAUAACCACCGUCUAUAAUGAUAUUUUUGUCCUAUAUAUAUAUAUAUUCAGUGUUACUCCAAAUGUUUAGCUAAAACAUAAUACGUACGAGUGAAUUCUAAAGACAUUAGAAAUUGGACCUUGUAGGCAACCUCUCUGGUGUGAGGAAAAAUUUGGAGAGUUAAAAAAAAUACUAAGGAGACAGUUUAAGAUUUAUUGUCUGCGCAAUAAUAUACUUUCACAAGUACCAAAUACAUUCUUCCCUAGACUUUGUUA